AUGGAGAUAUCGGCGUUUUUAGUGUUCGCCACGUGGCUCGUUUCUGUGCAGCAGUGUCUGACGUUAAAUUUAAACGCACUGUCAUACCUUGGUGAUCGUUACCGCACAAAUCUCAUACAAUUUAGAGAAGACCCUUUGUUCGGUAAUAAACCGAUACUCGACGAAUACGACUUUAUCGUGGUUGGAUCGGGGGCGUCGGGUGCUACGGUUGCCAGGAGGCUGGCCGAAGUACCCGAAUGGAAAAUAUUACUGCUCGAGGCUGGCAAACAAGAAUCGAUUGCCACUUCAGUGCCGGCCAUAGCUCAUUAUUUUCAAUUCACAGACUUCAACUGGGCUUUCAAAACCGAAGAGGAACCGAACGCCUGUCAAGGCGUCGUAAACAAGAGAUGUUUGUGGCCCCAGGGUAAAGGUCUCGGCGGCAGUACGAUCAUCAACAACAACAUAUACACCCGGGGCAACGUAAGAGACUUCGACCGUUGGGCCGAAGCUGGCAACCCAGGUUGGUCGUACAAAGACGUUUUGCCGUAUUUUUUGAAAAACGAAGACGUCACUAUUCCGGAACUUAAGCGAUCCCCGUACCACGGUGUCGGUGGACCAAUGCCGAUAAGUUAUUCUCCGUUCAAAUCGCGACUGGUCGAGGCGUUUCUGGAGUCCGCACCGCAAGUCGGGUUGAACGUGGUGGACUACAACAACCCGAAUAGCCACGUCGGCUUUUCGAGAAUCCAAGGCACGAUAAACUUCGGCAGACGGGUCACGUCGGCCAGAGCGUAUCUGCGAGGGAACCUGACCAACUUGCACAUCGUCGACGGAGCAUUCGUUACGAAAGUACUGAUCGAUCCGAAUACUAAAGUAGCGUUGGGCGUGGAAUUCGAAAAGGAUAACAGGAGACGAAGGGCCCGAGCCAGAAAAGAAGUGAUCUUGUCGGCGGGCGCUUUCAACACACCGAAGCUCUUGAUGUUGUCGGGCAUCGGGCCCAAGGAACAUCUCGAACCACUGGGAAUAAACACCAUAAGCGAUCUGCGAGUCGGUGACAACUUGCAGGAGCAUCCUUCGUACGCGAACUUGGCGUUCACCGUCAAUGAAACGGUGGGAUUAAUACCCGAACGCAUAUACAAGCAAGGGAUACGCGAGCUUUUCAAUUUCUACGACGGAAAUGGCUGGCUUACGACCAUGGGCUGCGAAGGACUCGGAUACGUGAAAACCAAGUACAACAAGGACCCGGGGGACGUGCCAGACAUCGAAUACAUUUUCGUUCCGAUGUCCCUGGCCGGCGAAGAAGGAUUGGGAAACAGUUUGUUGAGAAGAAGCAUGGGAAUACCGGACAGUACUCAUUACGAUUUGCAUAAAGGAAUAUUCAACAAGGACGGAUGGACGAUAUGGACAAUGCUCAUGUACCCGGAGAGCACAGGACAAGUGAGAUUGAGGAACGCCAACCCCUAUUCGAAACCGUUGAUAAGAGCCAACUUUUUCGACGCUCCCGUGGACGUGUUGCGCAUCGUGGAGGGCAUAAAAAUGGUCAUAGAACUCAACAAGACACCGGCUUUCCAGAAGUUAGGCUCCACCAUGAGCCUGCGAACGAUGCCGGGAUGCAGACACCUGAGUUACGGAUCGGACGCGUACUGGGAAUGUUGUGUGAAAAGACUGACCAUGCAGAUGCACCACCAGUGUUGUACAGCGAAGAUGGGACCGUCAACCGACCGAAACGCCGUGGUCAACUCACAGCUCAUGGUCUAUGGUGUUUCCAAGUUGAGGGUCAUCGACUGUUCGGUCAUGCCGACGAUUACCGGUGCCCACACCGUGGCGCCGGCCUAUAUGAUCGGAGAGAAAGGAGCCGAUUUGGUCAAAUCGACUUGGCUGAGACCGACGAGUUGA